GGGAAGACGACACUACUGAAUGCAUUAAGCGGUCGAAUGAAAGCUGACAAUGGAAUAAUCACACUCAACGGCGAAUUGCUGAACAAAGAGCUGCGCAGGCGCAUCUGCUACGUCCUGCAGCAGGACAUCUUUAUGCCAAAUCUUACACUCCGCCAGACUUUAAAAUUCUGUGCUUUGCUACGACUGCCAGCCUGUAUGACGGAAAGAGAGAAGCUGGAUUACGUCGACCACCUCGCUCAAGUCCUGGACUUGCGACACUGUCUCGACACUCGUAUGGGUGACACCAUGAAAAGAGGAUUGUCCGGAGGGGAGAAAAAGAGAGCCAAUAUCGCUUGCGAGUUGCUCACAAAUCCCUCACUUCUGCUGAUCGAUGAACCAACGACGGGGCUCGACUCCAGUGCUGCGUAUUCACUGAUGAUGAUGCUGAAACAGUAUGCCGCAGAGGAAAGGAAGACUGUAGUGGUUACAGUGCACCAGCCAUCCAGUCAGAUAUUCCACACGUUCGACAGGAUACUGCUUCUUUGCAGAGGACAGGUUGCAUACUUUGGUCAAGAAAAGGACGUUGUAGAUUUCUUCUCCAAUAUCGGCUUGUGCAUCGAACCCCACUAUAACCCGGCCGAUUUCAUUUUGGAACAGUUGAAAAAAGGACGCGAAAUACAAGAGAAAAUAAUUGCUGCAGCUAAAGAAUACAAAGGGGAUGCCGAAUAUUCAAGUGAAUGGACGGAAAGAGAGACUACAGAAUUGAUAAGUCCACCUUACGAGAAUAAAUUUCGAGCUAUAGAAUGCCCACAUUGCCAGAUUACGAUGUGGCACAAAAUGCACGACAGAUCCUGCGAGAAAGAUCCUGAAUUAGAAGAUAAGCAAGUGUGGGGCGUAUCUGGCGAAACUGUCAUCACACCAUCCCCUGUUGAGCUGAGAGUUAUUCUGGAUGACGGUCGCAAAAUAACUACCCUUUGCUCGAAAAACGAUUCCGUUCAAGAUGAAGAUUCUGGCAGAUCUUCUUGGUGGUCCGACGGUGGACGCAGUCGAGAUGACGAGCCUCUGUAUGGACCCAAGUGGCCAACAUCCUUCUUGACUCAAGUGCGGGUCUUGUCCCAGCGUAAUUUCGUAGAUGGUCGCCGUCGAAUGUUAUCCAAGCUGAACUGGGCCCAGACAAUAGGUCUGGGAAUUGUCAGUGGGCUCAUGUGGUUCCAGAUUGAAAGACGCGAAGAUACAAUCCUGGACAUAAAAGGAUGGAUGUUCUUCUGUUCAACGUAUUGGAUGCUGUUUGCUCUAUUCGAAGCUCUGGUUUCCUUUCCUCCAGAGAGAGAGGUGAUCAACAAGGAACGAGCUUCAGGUGCAUACCGUCUGUCCGCCUACUACUGUGCCAAGAUGGCCGGCGAAUUGCCUCUCAUGAUCACACUGCCUACUGUCUUCCAUGCCAUUUCCUACCCACUACUGGGAUUCACGGCUUCGUACACAUUCCUCGCCCUAUGGGGUUUCUUAUUGCUCAGCACAGUCGUAGCACAAAGCGUGGGGCUUUUCGUUGGAGCUUCAUGCCAUGAUCUGCAGAUGUCCGUCACCAUCUCUUCGCUUUAUUCUCUUUCAACCAUGCUGUUCGGCGGCUACUACGCAUCAACCAUACCCUUCUGGCUGUCCUGGCUGCGGUAUUUGUCUGUUGUUCAUUACACCUUUCACGCUAUGCAGAUAGUGGAGUUCGAAGGCGGAAUUCCCAUUCCGUGUGCCGCCAACAACAGUCGCUUUGCUGUAUGUCGAGAGCAAAAUGCAACUUUCAUUCCAGUGAAAGACAUCAUCAACAGAGGAGAAGAGACCCUUUCAUUGUGGGCGAAUACACUUGUCCUGAUCCUGUUUCUCCUCAUAUUCCGACUGCUGGGAUAUUUGUCCCUCAGGUACUUUCGAACCGCGAAAUAAAUCACUUGGACUUGAAUCACUAACUCGGAGAAGAACUGACGAAGAUUAAUACUUCCAAAAUGCAACACAAUCUUUGCAAUUAUGUGUCAUCACAAUCUUGAUAUUUUGCGUGUAAAAUACUUGUUAAAAUGUUUAAAAAAAUCUGAAACGCUAUUAAACUCUCAUAUUCAUCAUAUAUGUUAAGACUGCAAUCUAGUAUGAAAAAAAAAAAAAAGUGAUAAAAAUCUAGUUGUAGGCAAGUAGAGUUGGACGAUCCGCUCCCAAAAAUCUGAAAGAACCGUUUCCUUUACUGAGUGAAUUUACUCCGAUUCCAGAAACUAGAGUUAUAGCUCUUUUACAUUUCAGUACAAUGUUGCCAGAACUUUUCAACUAAAAUAGCAAACAAAGAUUAAAAAAGUUGCCAAAAAUCGCAAAUGACGUCAGGGAUCACAUGACUUUUGUGACGUCAUAGUUUCGCGUGUUCACAUGACCUCUGACCGUCAUCACAAAUUUCCUGUCUAUUGGUUUCGUAAGUUAUCGACUGUAUUCGAUUCUUAGUCAUUUUAAUUACGUAUCUUAGCUUUAAAGAAAAUUUUAAAACUAUAUUGCUCAUUUUCAGUUGUUUAAAUGUCCAUUUUUUAAAAAUUUAAUUCGCAUUUAAUUUAGGUCCUAUUUUUAAAUUAAUUUGUGCAUACCCGUUCUUAAGAGAUUUCUCACGUUUACAUUAUUAGCGUUUCUGUACUAAAUCUUUUGGAGUUGCCAGUUAAUUUGUCUAUUUUUCUUUUCUUUCUUUCUUUUUUUUUCUUAAUUGUGAACAUUUUAAUUGGGAAUUGUUUUUAAGCGGUUUUCGUUCUGCAUGGUGGGCUUAUUUCAGAUUCUGAUUACUUAAGAAAGCCUUGUUGUUUCACUGUUAAAUUUAUUUUAUUUAACUUCAGACAGAGGUUUUUUUGGACGUCUGCCAGGAAUAGAAAUCUGCUAUUUAAUCAAGACUAAUUCACUUUACCGAGUGAGUUUGUGCCUGAUUAGCGAAAAAAGAAUGGAGUUCUUUUCAGAAGGGUUAUCAGUUUCUAUUUUAGGGGAGAAAAGAACGUUUAUCCUCAAAUAUUAAAUAAGAGUUUAAUUUUUAUCGUUUCCGAAAUUUUUAUUUUAGAAUUUUACUGUUAGUUCUCUGUAAAAAGAUGGUUUUAAGGAACUU